UGCCGAUCAGCGUAACUUCCCAUGUAAGAUCCACAUGGGAUCGGUAACGUUGAAGACGCGGUCAGUAUCCAGCUUUGGCGACGACUGCGACGUGGAUCAGACUGACAUGCUCAAAGUUCUUCUAGGCACUUCGGGCGUGGUGGGCAGGAACCAUGAGACUCUUCCACUCAUUACCAAAGCCGACCCCGAUGGCAAACGCCGCAAGCGUGCACCUCGAAUCUGGCCAGCUGCAUUGAUUGGGAUCUUGUAUUACCUCGUUUUCUACAGACUGCUACCAUUCCUUUGCGAUGCGCUCAGACACCAUUCUCAUUCUGCAGCCAUAGGCACCGUUCGGUGGUCGCCUUGUACGUAUCCUGAUAGCUUGCCUAACACAGAAUGUGGAUCUAUCGUUGUGCCAAAGGAUUACUUUAACCUCAGCGCGGGUACAGCAGGAAUUGCUUUGGGUAAAUUGAAGGCGGAUCCCGGACAACGCUUAGGUACCGUUCUGUUCAAUCCGGGUGGCCCAGGGGGAAAAUCAAAACCCUUCAUCGUUAAACAUGGCAAUCAUAUUCAAGCUGAGAUUGGGAGUUCAUAUGACAUUAUCGGAUUCGAUCCUCGAGGUGUAGGUGAUACAUUACCCGUAGUGCGAUGCUUUGAUGACCAAUUCACAUACGCGGAGUUCAAACGUAACACAGUCCUUGAGCGAAGUUACGAUUUCGCGUCCAACCAGUCACACGCAGAGAUCCGAGAACUUCUCAUUACACAGGAAAGAGAGGCUGAUGCGUUGUUGAAAGCACAGUUUAGUCGGUGCUCCAAGAAAAUGGGAGAUGACUUGAAGUACAUGGGAACCACUACCGUUGUUCGCGAUAUGGAUCUCAUCACAAGGACGCUUGAAGGAGAGGAAGCUCUUAUUAACUACUACGGUGUCUCGUAUGGAUCAAUACUCGGACAAUAUUUGGUGAAUAUGGUUCCAGAUCGGGUUGGUAGAGUUGGCAUCGAUGCUAUUGCUGAUGCUACACUCUGGGCCGGCAAGCCUCCUUACCAAUGGUACAGCCAAUGGUUGUCACAAUCCGAGAAGGCGUAUGACAUCUUUUUGACCGAAUGUUAUAAGGCCGGACCCCAGGCAUGUGCCCUAGUGAAAGACACAGAUCAGGCUCCUGCGAAUAUUGAUGCACGCCUUGAAGCCUUCCAUGAUAGCCUCUACUAUAGCCCUGUCGCUGUUCCUGACGCUCUGCAACCUGGGAUUCUUACAGCCGGAAGAUCACGCAUGUACGUCACUGUCGCUUUGGAGAUGCCUGGUUUAUGGCCUCAAGUUGCCCAGCAGUUUCACGAAGCUAUAUCGGGCAACGCGACGAGCCUUCUUAAUGGUAUCCAAUGGUGGAAUAAUUUGAUUUACACAGAUCUUGAACGUUCUGCGAUAACGUGCAACGAUCUCAAGCCUUUCGCGCCACCUUCAAUCGAAGAGGUCGUCGACGGGUAUCUUGAUGUCUACUACAAUGUUUCACGAUCCGUCUUUGGCGUGGUGACUUCGGAACCUGAUGCUGGGUGUCAAUAUUGGCCCGUCACGCCACCUGAACGUUUUGAAGGUCCUUGGAAUCAUACCUUGAAGACUCCUAUGCUCAUCAUUACAAGCGCAGCAGAUCCGGUGACCCCUGCUGGGAAACGGGUAGAUGAAAUUAUGGGCUCGUCUUCCAGACUGCUCGUACACGACAGUCCUGGACAUGGUGGCUUCGCUCUUCCUUCGUUGUGCCUAUCAAACUAUACCAGGGCUUAUUUCGAGGAAGGUAUCCUGCCACCUGAAGGAACCAUAUGUCCUCUCGAGGACCCUCUUUUUCCUGCACCAGCACAUGCUCAUACUCACGUAUCUUCUGAAAACGAGACGCGUCUGCAACGUAUGCGAUCUUGGAGGCUUAUUUUAGAACGUUAUCGACGAGGCUUGGAUGUUUGACCUCAUUAGCGCUUUGAUGACCUCGCUAUUUUACCACUCAUCCCCUCGUCUUACAACGCCCUUGAUUCUUCUAUCAAUUUUUGAGGUUUAUAUGUUCUGAGGUUGUUCAGGCGAUUUCUUCGAUUUUUUGACGUAUUGACACGGACGCCAUUGAAGCCUCCGAGGUUUCACCACAAUAUCUGAACGCUCUCAUUACUACGGCCCCUUAGUAUCACAUCGUCCGAUACCUCAGUUACAAUGACACAUAUCGAAGUCAGUUCUGGAACGAAGGUGAUCAUGCUUUUCUGAAAACAUGAAUACUCAAAUGUUUUCUAUCAUAGUUUACAAAACCAUAGGCGGUCACUUGUAAAAUAAAGCGUACGAGUUUCGACCUUCGCAUGUUGGUCGCUUCUUGUGGUGCCAUGGCCGCUAGCGCACAUAUUGGAGCGCUUUUGGAGCAAAGUCAUUGUGCCACUUGUGCUGUUCUAUUAUGAACGAAUGCGCUUAUGUUGCAUUUCGCGAUAAGAUGUCUAUCGUUCCGCAAAUAGAUCCAAUAUUGGGCUGCCAACUUUCGAGAGGUGAGUGGUAUUGAUGUGAGCAUAAAUUCUCAGGCAUAGC